CCGCGAUAACCUUGGACCUUAAUGUAUAUGUAAAGUGUGACUUCUUUGUUUUACCUGCGCCUUUGCCUUAAUUCUCCCAGUGAUCCUGCAGCGCCUGAGAGUGCUUCGAGGCCGCCCAGACUUGAGCAAUAGCAAUCUAACAACAGUCACAACAUGUCUGACCUCAACCCGUUCCUCCUUGCCGCAGUCACCCCAGACCCGGACCCUCGUCUCCUCCCCCUCCUACGUUCGAAGCCUGAGUUAGCAUCGAUGCAGGAUGCCCAUGGCUACUCCCUACUGCAUGCAGCUGCCUCCUACAAUCACGUAGACCUGUUGAAAGUGUUGGUUCACGAGUUCAAAGUGAAUAUCAAUUUGAAAGACGAGGAUGGAGAGACCUGCCUGUUCGUUGCAGAAACUACAGAAGUUGCAAGAUGUUUGGUCGAAGAGUUACAUGUUGAUGUCGAUGUCAACAAUGACGAAGGCGUGACCGCCGAACAGAAAUUCGAGGCCGAGCAAGAAUAUCCAGAGAUUGCAGAAUACCUUCGAAGCCAUGCGCCUUCUGGCAGAGAUGCCGUGUCUAGCCGCAUGGAACCUGUCUCAAACGGCAUUCAACAUCCUCCAACCCUUCCACCGAAUGUAACCAUCAACAUUGACACUGCAGUCCCCGGCCCGGGUAGCAACAUGGAGCAAGAACCCGAUCCAGAAUUCAGGAGAAGAAUCGAGGAGCUAGCUGCCAGCGAAAACUUUCACACCGAGGAGGGCCAGAGAGAACUGCGCGAGCUGAUCACAGAUGCAGUCAGAGAGGUCGGCAACGACGAAAGAGAUGUUCGGAGACGACUCGCUUGA